CAAUUGUUUCCCUUUGAUACUCUUUAAAAAUGGCAACACGCAUUGGAAGCUCAAACAUAUAUCUGAAGAUAAAAGAUAAGACAUUAAAGCUCGUCGAGCGCCUGAAUCUAUUGAGAUAUGCCUGGAAGUUCAGCAAUGUUUACAUACCAAAUAAAGAGCAAGUCCUAGUUGAUAUACUCACUGGUUUUCUAUUGAACCAGAAGAAAGAACGUUUGAAUAAAGAUGAUGUUGACAGGAUAUGGAAAUGUCUGCAGGAUGUCUUGCAGACAAAAAAAGCGUCGGAACCAAACAAAAUUCUGCUGAGACAGUCUUCUACUCAGAUGUUAAUUGACUCGCUGUUGGCUGCCAAUGAAAACUCUGGAUACAUCUUACCUUUGAUUGGCUGUUUUGAUGCCAUCAUGAAAUCAGAUUCUCUGUCAGCUGUGUUUACACAUAAGUUAGAAACAAUGGUGCUUAUACUGGAAGGUUUUUGUCGAGUGUUAACUUUGACUACAUGUAAACAUAAAGCGUCACUGUCAUCAGCUAUACAUCAUACUGUAGAUAGGUUUAAUGAAACCUUGAAAACAGCACCAGGUCAAAACCAGAUUUUGACUAAGUUAUGUGACCAUGUGUUACCAAAGUUUUUAGGUCUUUGGUCCAGUAAACCACCAGAUAGUGUAAAGAAAAUAUCAACAGCCAUUCUUGAAGUUCUCAGUCAUAGGGAUCAUCAUCAGAAUUAUGAUGUUUAUUUGAAAGCCAAACAUAGCACUGCAGGUGGACAUAUACAUAAAAAAGCUAAACCUGUGGAACAUCUGUUUUCUACUCUGGCAAAACUUUUACAGACAAAUGAAGAAAGUUGCAGUCUAUACUUACCAGUUGUGUUUGAGAAUUAUAUAAAACAAAAUUGUCAUAAGGGUAUUCAACUGACUGUUCACUACCUGAUGGUAGAAUUCUGCUCUAUGAUUGGUCUACGUAGUGACAACAAUGACCUUUCUGGACCAAUCAAAUCAUCUGUAAUAUUUAGAGCUCUACAUGAGCUGUUGAAGAUUAUUCAAGGUAGAGAACUCUAUGAACAGUUCCUGGAUGAGAAGAAUGAGCUUGUACAACUGAAGUUUUACAAACAUGUUGUACAUGUUCUCACUGACUAUAAACAGUCACUAGAUGAUGAAACAGAUGAGGUGUUCUCAGACUGGUACUCAACUAUGACGAUAUUCAUAGAAAUGAAUCAUUAUAUUGUUGAACUAAAACUUGUUGAGAUCUUUUCUAUUGGCUGGAUUAAUGCAAAGGUUAAAGAGGAGGAUAUAGAAGCUCUAGACAACAUGUUGUGUGAGUUAAUGACAACAUACUCUAAAUUACGACAAGUUCCUAAACUGAUACUGAAACUGUUGGGAACUCUUUGUGUGUGUGAUGAUAGUAACACUCUACAACUAACACCGAGAUUUCAAACAUGCUAUGGUGAAGUUAUACAGAAUCUACCACAAGGAACUAUGUUAGAUGUAUGGAAGAAGUUUGCAGCAUCUCUUAAAGGUCUUUUUGUCAGUGAUGAAACUAAACAUGACACAGGACAUUUUCAAGGAAUCUGCCUUCUGUUCCAUCAUUUCUUACUGAAUGUCAAGGUUGCAGACUACACUGUCACUGAACUGACCUUGAAAUCUGUUCAAGAUCUACUGGUUGUCAUGGAAACAGAAAUAUUAGCUCCACUAUUGAAGGAAACCUUAGAAAACAAAGAUAUGUCUAAGUUAAAGCAUACAUUAUUCUUGAGUCAAGCUUGGGGUGAAGUUGUGGCCAUGUUAGCUCUGUAUAAAAAAUUCAGAGCCAGCGAAUUCCAAACCAAGGUGUUAGUUUCACAUGAAGGUGAUCUUUCCUAUGUACAUGGGUAUCUGGAGACAAAACAAUGGAUGAAGUUGUACAAGAUUGUCACAGAGCAUGCUGAUCAAAGUUUAAUAUAUGUUUGGGAAACAUUGAUGAUGCAGAAAGUUAGGACUGUGUUAGUAUUUAGGGGUGUCACUGAUUGGUCCAUGAUGUCUGAUACCAUGACAACGUUUAUAAACAAUUUUGAAGAUGCUGACAAGAAAGAAGAUAAUGCAUCUUGGACUGGCAGGUUGGAAGAUGUGACAGAGACCAGUUUACUAACAGCAAGAUGGCGUCUGCUGACAUCCAACAUGGCCGCCAUUUAUGCAGUGUUGUCUGAUGAACAGAUAAAAACAGUUGCAGAUUUCAUUGUUAAAUGUAUGGUCACAUUUGAACCACAACAAAUCAAGAAAGGUUUGAAUCUGCGAGAUAUAAGUAUGAAGUUUUUGGAGUCAACUGUACUGCGGGAAUCUGGUCGUCUGCUAUCUUGUUUGGGAACCUCUGUUUGGAGACAUUGUGGAGUGCUCUUCAAUGGCAGAAACAUUAAAAGUCCAAAGAAGAAGAAACAGGACACCAUGACAACCAAUGUUUCAAUAUUGAUGGGUAUUUUAGGAGAUUCUGACAUAUCCUGGCCCCAACAAAUAGAUGGUGGGAGUGUGGAGAAAAUGAAAGAGGCAUCGGAAGUCCUUGCUGUGAUAUCUAAUAGUACAGAGUCUAUCCAUGUGGCUGACCCCUCUCAAUUGCAGGCUUGUAUUAAGAUUAUUCAUUGUCUUCCAUUGGAACAUCUGUGGUCAUGUGAUCAGAUCAGGUGCUUGACUGGUUUACUGGCUGUGAAAUGUUUGACUGAGAAAUUGGAAAACCAGUCUGAGAAUGAGAGUUUGAAGAGCCUGUCAUCAGACUGUGUAGAAAUGUGUACAUUUAUUCUGGAAUCUUGUGGACUGGUUCCAGUAUUUGAUGUGAUAAAUGCUGAGUCAUUUCUUGACUGGUUACACAAUCUUCUACACUCUACAACUAUUGGUACCCCAGAGUAUUACAAAUGUUUGGUGCUAGCAGAAGUUACCUGUCAAGCUAUUGUUAAGGAUCAUACUUCUGUAGAUAAACUAUCACCUAUUGUUGAUAAGUUGUGUAAAGAGAAUAAGAAGAGCCAGGGGUCAGAGAGUUUGACCUUGACCUAUUUCCUGCUGCAGGAAAUUUGUAAGCUUUUAAGUAAGCCUUUCUUAAAGGACACUCUCCAGGACUUGUGUAAGAAGAUGUAUAAAUCUUUGUCGAAAUCUGUCAUCAAAUUAUCUCCCUUACUUGAAUCUUCAACAAGAAAUCAUAUGGAGGCAGUUUUGGUACGGACAUAUGCUGUUGUACUUACAACCAUGCAAAAGUCAGAGAAAAUUCAGAAAGCAUUUCUCGAGGAGUUUCCACAAAUGUUUCAAUGGUGUGAAACUACAUUACAAAAUGUGGACACAACAGAAGUAUACGUAGUGCUCUCUGUCCUCAUAUUUCUGCAGACUAUGUCAAAACACCACAUCCUACUGAAGCUUCAGCUUACCAUUGAAGAUAAGUUCAGAAUAUGGAAACUAUUAACAAGUGUCUUGAAAAAAAUACUGAGGACACAGUCUAUUGAGGAACAGCCACAAUCAUUAAACCAGUCAAUGGAAACGGAAAACCAGUCUCAAAACCUGGAUCAGUCUACUGGUAAUAUAACAGAAAAAGGAACACCAAGCAGCAAAUCUCAUAAAAAGAAAAGAAAAUCUGAUAAUAAACUUGAAAACCAGUCCAGUGAUUCUGUUUCACAUGACACUAAAAGAAGUGAGGAACUAGAAAAUCAAAUGGAAAUGAUAAGUAAACUACUGCAAGGUUCUUUGGAAAAUUCUGAGACCACAGAGAACGCAGUGGAUUUAGUUAAUGACAAACUGGUAGCACUUGACAGUCCAACUUUUAAAAUUGACAAUGCUGUGUUAAAUCCAACAAUGUUGAUCUCCCUGUGUAGAUCUUUAAUGUUUGAAGGUCAGCUAGAGUCACAGAGGUCAAAGGUCAUUAAAAUGCAAGUGCAGUCUGUACUGGCAGCAUUAUUGGUGACGUUUGACCUUGACCAGUUUAAAGAGGUCCUGCAGGAUUUGGUUGAUAGUGUGGAUCCAGGUUUACUGUACACAGAUAGGGGCAGGAUACAGUCAGCUGUUUAUAUCUGGAGACAUCUUAUUAAACUAGAAUUUACAGAUGAACAGAAUAAGGUCAUCAAGUACACUGCAAAAGAUAUGAUGUUAAACUUUCAGUGUAUUAUACAGCAAGUACAGUAUGUUCAGACAGAUGAUGUUAUUAUAGAAUUAACUAUACCAAUACUAUAUACACAACAAGAGAUGCUUACAGCUGGAAUUAAAUUUCUAGCAUCAAGAAACAGCAUAUUAUGUAUAUUCAGUUGUUUGUAUACACCAUUAUGUGGCAGAACGUAUUUCCCAGCAUUCAAUGCUGUAUACAGUGUGCUGGACACACUGUUAGUACAUCAUUGUGACACAGUGUUCCAGAAUAUACCAUCAUUCCUAGGCUGUGCCAAACGUUUAUUAUUAUCAGUGGUAGAGGAGUCAAACCAGGACAAGAUCUCCCAGCAACCAGAUGUCGUCAAACAACUGAUGUCAUGUGCUUAUCACAUGGAAAGAUUAUUUUCAUUGAUCUCGACUCACAAGGUGGAGUUUGGUAAAGUUGCAAUAUAUGUUGUGUCUGAUUAUGUGACAGCUGUACAGAAAGUUACUCUACUUCCUGCCAUAAAGAGAGCACUUGUUCCAGCAGUGUACAAGAUGUUAGACUUGUGUGAUAAACAUGCUAUAUCACAAUUACAUGUGGUGCUCAGUCACGGUGUAACAGAGGUGUUCAGACUUCUAUAUAAGGAGUACAAGAGGUUCUACAAGUACCAAGGGAAAAUUUAACCAUGUGGUGCUAACUCGCAUAUAGUAACAGAGGUUUUGUGUUCAGGAUCCUUGUCAAAAAUCCAUCCGGUUCGGUCCGGUGAAAAUAAUACCAGGUAGUGGUCAGUCACAGAAUAAUGUAAAAGAAGUCUUAAAAAAACUGUUCUUAUGUGGUGCAAUAAAAAUUGUAGUUGCUGAUGCACAGUAGCUGAGUAAGAGAAGACUUUUUUCAUGACAAAUACAGGAGAGUACUACAGUUAUGUAACUUUGAUGAUCAGACUGUUUAAAGAUUAAUACAAGGAAUACAAUAAAUAUUCUAGUGGGUCAAGUGCCUGCCUGUUAAGCAAUGGACUGUUGGGUUCAUAUCCAGCUGGAGCUGCCAAUAUGAUUCCUCAUUCGACAUCAAUGCUGGUUAGUUGGACACCAGUACUGGUUAGUUGCAGGAAACAGACAAAAAAUUGGCCUUCAGAAUGGUUUAUAUAAGCUACAUGCUUUCUUCUAAGUAGCACAAAAUUAAUACAUGUGUAGUUUUAAAAUUAUACAUAUAGAUAUAAGGAGAUAAUGUGACUGCAUGGAUUAGUCUGUGUGAGAUCGGAAAGAAAACUAUAAAGUUUACUCAAGUGUUGCAGCUACUGUACUUACUAUAUCUUUGAUAAAAGUUACCACUGACACAGCUUUAUUAGUUAAAUACAAGCUUGUUUGUACAACUAUAUUAUUGAUCUGUU